AUGUCGUAUCCUCCACCCGACAGCUAUAUCAGUGCUGAAAAAGGCAUGGAGUACUGGGAAUCCAUCAACUCCGACGUCGACGGAAUGCUUGGCGGCAUUCCAUCUCUCAUGCCAUCCAUUUCUCGCGUUGAUCUCCAGGGCUCACGCACCUUUCUUGCAAGAUUAGGCGUCGGUGUCAAGACUGGCAGACAAAGACUUCCUAGAGUCCUUGAAGGGGGAGCAGGGAUCGGUCGGAUAACAAAGGGACUUCUCCUAAGUGUAGCAGACCAAGUUGAUGUCGUUGAGCCCGUGGUUAAAUUCUCAGAUGAGCUGCGGGGAACUCCUGGCGUAGGAGAGAUUCACAAUGUUGGCUUGGAGAAAUGGCAACCUACCGAGGGAGCUGUGUACGACCUGAUUUGGAUUCAGUGGUGCAUAGGACAUUUGACCGACCAACAGGUGCUCGAGUUCUUGGAGACAUGCAAGACUGUGCUUGAGAAGGAUCAGGGUGUUAUUGUGCUCAAAGAGAAUCUGAGUACAUGGGGCGAAGAUCAGUUUGAUGAACUCGACAGCAGUGUCACAAGAGAAGAUGAGAAGUUCCAGAUGCUUUUCAAGAAGGCUGGGUUCAGACUUGUGAAAUCAGAUAUACAGCGUGGCUUCCCAGUCGUGAAGGACCUAAAUUUACUUCCUAUGAAGAUGUAUGCGAUACGGCCAGAGACUGGGUCAGAAGCAUAG